UAACACAAGGCUUGUGAUUUAAGUUAAGGUUUAUUAAUGACAGAUUUACAUUGAUACAAAAAAAAGUCAAAUUUUGUUAUUUCCAUGUAAACUUAAACAACCAAACUUCGACACCAGAACUCCACCCAGGUCCAAAGAAGAGCGCUGAUUGGUCAGCGCCUCUGUAAAUCCGCUCCCUCUCGAAUCCGCUCCUCGCAUUGGCCGGCGGUGACGACAAUCCCGGGACGUGCUCCCGCCCACCGAGCGGAUCAAGUUUGAAUGAACAGCAGAGUCUGCUCUUGAGGUGGUUGGUAGUUGCAUUUGCAGUAAUUAUUAAAAGUGUGUAUCGUUCUCGGCGGCGCGCRGACCCAGGAUGGACAUGAAGAAAAGAAUUCACCUAGAGUUGCGGAACCGCACUCCGUCAGAUGUCAAAGAACUCGUGCUAGACAACUGUCGCUCAAAUGAAGGCAAGAUCGAGGGUCUAACGGACGAAUUUGAGGAGCUGGAAUUUUUAAGCACAAUCAAUGUCGGUCUAACGACAGUUGCCCACUUGCCAAAGCUAAAGAAACUCAAGAAGCUCGAACUCAGCGAUAACAGGAUCUCAGGAGGGUUGGAAGUUCUGGCGGAGAAGUGUCCGAACCUCACACAUCUCAACCUCAGUGGCAACAAAAUAAAAGACCUAAGCACAAUAGAGCCAUUGAAAGAACUGGGGGCCCUGAAAAGCCUCGACCUGUUUAACUGUGAAGUGACAAACCUGAACGAGUACAGAGACAAUGUCUUCGAGCUCUUACCGCAGCUCACGUACCUGGACGGGUACGACAAAGACGACAAAGAGGCGCCAGAUUCUGACGGAGAGGUCUACGCAGAGGGCCUGGAYGAUGAAGAGGAUGACGAAGAUGAUGUAGACGAGGAGGAAUACGAUGACGACGCUCCGCCCGGGGAUGAAGAGGACGAAGAGGGAGAGGAAGAUGAAGAGGAGAAUGAAGAUGACGACGAGGAGGAACUGAGUGGAGAGGAGGAAGAAGAGGAAGACUUGAAUGAUAGAGAGGUUGAUGAUGAAGAGGAUGAAGGUAAGCAAAAUGAAGAGGAGCGAGGUCAGAAGAGAAAACGGGAUCUGGAUGAAGAAGCGGAGGAGGAUGAGGAUGAUUGAGUACCUGAUGUAAGCUAAGUUGUGAACUGUUUUAAAAAUGUGUAUCUCCUGCUCACCUGCCCACAACACCCACACCUGUUUUUAUUUGAUCAUUUUCCUCCCAGUUUCAUUUUGCAGUCGGAGUGCUUUCUGUUAUUGGCCAGUCAGAUUGAAGGGGUUCUCUGGAAUAAUUUAAAAAAAUGAAAGUAAAAUUCACGUACCUUUUUGAUGCUCCCAGUCUCUUCAGUCCACUUUUACCUGCUCUGUGGACGCUUGUUUUGUAAAGUUAAAUAAAAGCAAAAUAAAUCCUUUUUUUGAGAACUUUUUAUUUUCCUGUUUUCUCACUAUUUGUGUAAAACCAGUUUCAUUUGGUUUAUGUAUUUUAAGACCUCCCUCUGAAAAACAAAACAAAACAAAAAAAAAACAAAAAUACUAAAACACAAAAAGAGUGCAUGUCUUAUACAUUUUAAAGUCAACUACUGGAUUUCAUGUACGGCUGUUUUCUUGUCCUAAAUUUAUUGUUUUUCAUUCUUUGUUUCUGUUUUUUUUAAGUAUAAGUUAUGUUUUUUGUAGUGUCAUCAUGCCAAUAUCCUCUGCUGUCCUGGUGUGAAACUUUUGUCAGAACGUGCACAGUGUGACCCUAGCAGGGCUUUUUUUUUCUUUCCUUUAAAUCAUGAUAAUAAAAAAAACAUGUCUGCCUUUGUCAAAGCCGCUCCUCCUCCUCCUCAAACCCUCAGCUUUGAUAGUUCGGAUAUUACGUGUUCUUGUAAAUAAAGACCAAAUCUAUUUUUUUGUAUUCUCUUUGAUGACGGCAGACAUUGAAACAGACAACUGAGGUAAAACGAUGAAUUGUAAAAAUAUAUUAAAUACGUAUGCUGCUUUAUCUAAAAUACGCAGUGUGAAAUUUCUUGAAUUAGAACUUUGUAUGCAUAAACUUUCCAGGAAAUAUCAGAACGCAUUGUUGUUUUUUCUGAGUUUUUUCUCUUGUAGACGGUAACAGAAGUACCUGCUAUAAUUCAAGGUUACUGCAACUUGUGUGCUUCGAAAGUUUGUUUCAAAGUGUAAACUGUGGAAAACAGUUAUUUGGACUUUACUUUCCUCUAUAAAGGCAAUGGUCAAAUUGGCCUACCUCAGUAAGUUUUCCUCACUCUGGUAAAUUUAUUGUCAUCAAUUAAUUUUGUUUGUUUUUUCCUCCCAUCCACUUCAAUAAAUCCUUUUUAUAUACA